AUGACCACUUUGCGUCCUGUCGAUGAAUAUCUUAGAGAAGCAGGACAUGGUAAAGAUAGUGCUCAUUCUCCCCUAAGACCUGAAAACUACCGAACUAUCACCUACACCUACUACGCUUAUUAUCCUCCAACUUCAAACAACAUGGCAUCUCCCACUUCCUCCCAUCCUGUGCUGACUACGGAAAAUACUGGAGUUGAUAAUUCUGACUCCGCGUCAAGCUCAAUGGAUUGGGGUGAUAUGGAUCGCGAAGGAUAUCCUCCUUCAUCCAACAAACGACAACCUUGGGUCGAGGAUGGCCUCGGGCCUACCGAAGAAUAUGAGCCAGCCAAGUGGAAUAUUGUCGGCCGUGCCUGGAAGCGGGUAACCGUUUUUGUGGAAGAGCUGAUUGACAAUGGUACCGGCUCCACUUAA